AUGUUUGUUGUUUUAUCCGUGGAAGCUCUCGUCACUACAGAUGCUACGCCUAAGGCUGGCUACAUCCCACCAGUUCAGGCAUGUCGUUUUCCACAGCAAUGGCACAACUGCCGCGGAUCCAAAGAUUUCCUAAGAUUCCUGGACAUGCAUCUUACCAACAAUGCUAUCGAUGGUUUUAGCCGGUUCGAUUUUCUGGAUGAGGGACGGUUUAAGACGCUGUACUACCUGAAAACACGCAAUCUAUUUACUAUGGCCGACAAGAUCACCAAAGAUCGUAUUUCUCAUAUACUCCGUGCUUUUCACUGGACACCAGUGACCGAGCUCAGGAAUGGGUUUGAUCUCGACUAUGCCAUGCUUCAGCAGCACCAUACGUGCCUUGAGCAUCCCCUGGAUUGA